UACUGACACGCACGUAUCUUAUCGCGAAUACACUGGCAGAAAUAACACAGUCUUUAGGAACUGUGAACAAAACGCUGACGGGAGUCAAGGCAGAAGUCCACAGGGCAAAGCUAUAGAGAAUCUGUGGGAAGAACAUGGACCUCAAUGGAAAGGUGGCGAUAGUGACAGGGGCAGCUAACGGCAUCGGCCUGGCCACCGUCAAACAUCUGUUGAAGAACGGCGCCAAGGGUGUGGCGAUGUGUGAUAUUGACAGUCAAAAUGGCGAAGAAGCUGCUUUGUUGGUUACCAAAGAAUAUGGAGAAGACCGAGCGAUCUUCAUCAAGACUGAUGUCACAGAACAACAGGAUUUGGAAGACGCCUUCAGAAAGACGAAGGAGACUUUCGGCAGUAUCGACAUCGUUGUCAACAACGCGGGGAUAGUGGGCGAUUAUCGCUGGGAGAGAGAAAUCAAAAUAAACGUGGAAGGAGUUGUCAGAGGCACACAAUUGGCCUUGGAGUACAUGGGAAAACAUAAGGGAGGAGAAGGUGGGGCAGUGGUUAACGUUGCUUCUGUCGCCGGUUUGGGUCUGAAGAGCGCUUGUCCGGUGUAUGACGGAACGAAAUUCUUUGUCGUGGGAUACAGCCAGGCCAUCUCUUUUCCGCCGCUGGACAAGAGCCACGGGGUGAGAGUACUGUGUAUCUGCCCGGGAUUCACGGAUACCCCCAUAGCUACUGGAGUUCUUAAUGCCUACGAGAAUCUGAAGGUUGACACAAAGGAAAUUAUGUCAUAUUUCACAAUGCAACAACCCGACCAUGUAGCAGAGGGAAUUGUGCAUAUCCUACGUGAAGGGGCGACCGGAACUGUCUGGGUGAGCAACAAUUGCCAACCCGUCUAUCAGGUCGACUUCCCGGAGCUUGUCAAACCUUAGAAUUUCAUCUCAUCAGCAGAGAUAACUAACCUACGCCUGUUACCGUACCGCUGGUUUCUUCACCACAAUGGAUAUAUUUUCUGUUCUGUGACAGCCAAGCAUACAUCAGUCUAAGAAUCAAAUAUUCAAUCUUCUUAACUGUAUAUAUUGGCAGUGCUCUCGUGGGCACAUAUAUUAAACCGUGGUAAUAUGAUUUUAUUAA